CUACCAUACUCCAUGAACGCGACUUGAACAGUAGACUCGUAAUAAUCAUGUCUGCUCAGCCAAUUCCUACUCUCUAUAUCAACAAUCUCAAUGAUAAAAUCAACAAGGAUGAAAUGCGUACUCAACUAUAUGCCCUUUUCACCACAUUCGGCAAGGUUGUUGAUGUCAUCGCGUCAAAAGGUCCAAAGAUGAGGGGUCAGGCAUUCCUCGUCUUCACAGAUUUGGCAUCUGCGACUACCGCCAUGAGAGCCUGCGAGGGUAUGGUGUUUUAUGACAAGCCAAUGCGCAUCACCUAUGCGAAAUCGAAAUCAUACGCUACUUCGCGAAGGGAAGAUCCCAACUUUGUACCUCCAACAUCUGUUCAUGCAAACAAGGAUCUCGCUAUGCUUGCAAAAGUCACUGUUUCGACAACUGAUAAGCGCCGGCGCGAUGGGGAUAUGGCAGAUGGGCAACCAAAGCCCAAACGUGAAAAGUCGGAGGACGAUAGUGAUGGUGAAGAGAUGGAGAUCGAUGAAGAUGAGGAACCCGCUCCACAACUCAAACCCCUAGCCACCAUUCCGCCGCCUACACAACAUCCAUCUGCUAGAUUGUUUUGCACGAAUCUUCCUCAAGAGGUCACAGACAAUGUACUUUCUGUGCUAUUCCAACAGUACAAGGGUUUUCAAUCAACACACGUCGCUCAAUCACCAACUCCAAAUGCUGCUGGUGCAAGCGUAAAGAUGGCACAAGUUUUCUUCGACUCCCCCGAACUUGCAUCGACCGCAAAAGACGCCCUAGAUGGCUUCACACUAAAAAGGGGCUGGAAGAUGUCUGUAGCCUAUAUUUAAUACAGUUGUAGGUUGUAACCGCGAAAAUUUGUACUAAUUUUUAAUAUUCUCGUGCAUCUGCUCAAGGUACGACCAAUCAUAGGAGGGUUCGUUUUCAAAACGAUCUACUUCCACUUAUUUCUGCAAGGCUUGGAGAAUGGCCUCUCCAAUCGGAUGAGCUGAAGCCGGGUUUUGCCCGGUGAUCAGGUUACCGGUAACAACGACCUUGGGCUAGAAUAACAGUGGAUGAGUCAACAUCCGGCCGAAGUCAAGCAUAAUACUGACCCCCCAAGGUUCCGCUGCUUUCUCAUAUUUGCCCCCAAGACUGGAGAUCCUGUCUUCCAACAAGAACGGUAUAUCCUAUAUCCAAAACA